AUGGAGGUGCCAAAAGCCCGGGGAGCUGGCAGGUCCGGCCCGCGUCGACGGACAGGAUGCUUGACAUGUAGGGCCCGUAAGGUCCGGUGCGACGAAAGAAAACCAAACUGCUCCAGUUGCGAUCGACUGCGUCUACGAUGCCUCUACAAACCACCCAUCGCCCCCAGCAUGGGGUGGGGUUCAUCAUCAACCCGUCCAUCAAACAUUACAACUGCAUCGCGGAGUAACACAGCGGACCCAGGAAGUGCAGGCUCGUCGGCUGCAGCCGCGUCUGCAUCCCGCUCCCCCGAUAUCAACUUCUUCAGUACUGUUCUCCGCGCAGAUGGCCACCACACAAUCCCAGCGCCGACAAACACACUUCGGCAGCUCCCUACAGACCAGGAAUCCUACCCGUCCGAGUUUGAUAUGCUUGGAUUUAUGGGCGGGAUCACUUCUGAGCUGGAACAGAAACACUUGGACUUGACAACCGGACUCCCAAUGACUUUCACAGCUAGUCCGGCGUCGCAGUCGCUACCCGCGACACUCACACCAGGUGUGGAUGAAGGGAACUUUUCGGCAGACCGCCGUACUCCACUUACUCCAGAUACCCCGUCUGCACCUGAUAGGACAUCAAUUGGCAGCGGUUCGGACGUAUCAACUACACGACGCAGCUUAUCCGACGCAGGCAGUACUUCGUAUGAGGACCAGCUGCUACAGCACUUUCUGACUAUUGACCCGCCGGCUGCUCUUUUUGCACCGAUAACCAUCGAGUGGAAGUAUAUGCGGCCAGCACUGCUAGCUCAUGCGCGAGAUUCUAGUCCGCUUUUGAAUGCUAUCUACUGCUAUGCAGAUGUCCAUAAAGCAAUGAUGGGAGGUAAAAGAUGGCGCUGGGCGCCUGCCUUUUAUAGGGUGUCCAGUUCGGAGAUCCAAGCUUGUAUACAUGGUGAGGUGACCGAUUCCACACUCAUCAAAAUUUUGGGGGCUGUUUUUCUUUUAAUGCUAUCUGAGAUUCUCUCAUCUCCUGAAAUAUGUACCGGAACUUCUUAUAUUCACUCCGGGUACCUUAUUCUACAACGAUUCUAUGGCCGUACCCGACAUUGGACCGGUUUCGGUCAUCUCCUGGUGUCAUGGGUCUCGCUGCUGGAUGUCAAGUCCCUGAUUGCAGGCCGAGAUGGCGACCCUCUCGCUGAGAUCGGCAACAUCCCAGAACAUAGCAUACCACUGAAACCACUAGAUACACAAACUUCCCAAACACGCCACAUAACAGCACCAAAAGACACCAAAGAAGAAGACAGCAUAGAAGACCCAUUCCUCAGCCCCAACUACCUCGUCUACGAAGCAAUCGUAGGCCCAGCAUUCCGAUUCUUCGCGCAAGCCCAACAAGUCGUCAGACGAAUAGUCUGCAUCGACCUCCACCACCGCAGUCGUGGAACCCUUACCGACGAAUUCGAAGUCCUGCAACUCGCCCACAAGGUCGGCGCAGACCUUGAAACACUCUGGCACCGACGUCCCUCAGUAAUAGACGUCUACGGACGACCAGAAGCCCUAACUGAUAUCCUGAGUGCGCCUGUGGCAUCGGAAAUCUGCCGCACAUUCCGACAAUACGUGGCCAACUUCUUAGCGAAUUUUAUCUACUUGCACCGGGUUGCAUUUGCAAUCUAUCCUCGCACAGACCGCGUUAACGGCGCCGUCGAUCAAAUAAUUCAACUGGCUACUGUUGACUCUACCGGGCCAGACCAUCUGCCUGUCAGCUUCCUAUGGCCGCUAUUCAUUGCUGGGCUCGAGGGUACAGAAGACCAGCGCAAGUGGAUUCUUCAUGAGAUUCAGCGUAUGGCUGCUGCCCACGAGGCUGACGCGGCGCCUUCCGUCACUCGUCAUCCAACUGCUGAUAGGGUCCUUGUGCUUGUGGAGGAGAUGACGAGGCGGCAGGACGUCUCACGCACAUGGGCGGACUCGAAAUGUGUGAGGCGGGAAAUAUUCUCGGACUUUUUCAUUGUCAUUUAG